UGGAGAGAGAAAACCCUAGCCGUCGAGAACGAUGGCUGCCCUCCGCCUCGCCUCCGCCCUCCGCCGCCUGCCAGCUCGCACCGGCCAGCUCGGCUCCAAGCAGGCCGUCCUCCCGCCUCUCGCCGGCCGCGCCGCCCUCCUCGCACGCGCGCGCUCCCUCCCUCACCUCCCCGCCGCCGUCCGUCGUUUCUCCGACAAGAGCAAGGGGGAUCUCCUCGACCGCGCCGCCACCGUGAUCAAGGAAGGGAAGGUGGUUUCCCGUGACAUCACCAAGGGAAUCGAGGGUCUUGAAGAUCUUAUCGGACGACAGCUUGACGUGUGUUCAAUCGAGCUCUCGGCCACGAUAAGGCGUCAGAUUAGGCAGUCUGGAAGAAGCUAGCCAAGUUCCGUGGGGGCAUCUGGGUAUCCAGGCCUUGGCGUUUCUAUCUGUAGGAGGGGUUCUCGCUUACGGAGGGGGCACACACCUCUUCAACAAGUUCAGCGCGGAGGUCAAGAAGAUAACUGACGAUGCCAUGAUCGAAGCGGAGAAAAGGGCGAAGGAACUUGCAAAAACCGAGUGGGCCAAGGAGACAGCGCAGCUAUAUAUAGACCAGGGUAUGAAGAGCAUCACGCUGUAUAGCCUUUUCUUUGGACGGAAGGUUGAGGGAGAGAAGGACAAGAAGACAUUCUUUAGCCGUUUCUUUGGGCGGAAGGAGAAGGACAAGAAGGAGGAGGAGGAGGAGGAGGAGGUCAAGAAGUAGAACAAGUAGGGGCCUCCUCAUAGUCUUAACAGCACUGAGGCUGAUAUUUUUGGUCUAAAACUCAUUUCAAUUGUCUUAACUUAUUCCAGUGUUAUUUGUAACGGUGGCCACCGGGUUAUGUACGAUUCAAGGUCUCUUCUUUUGGUUGGUUCUGUGAGGAUUUUAAUAUCCAAAAUUCAGUUGACUUGUGUUUCUUUUAAUGAGGAGUUUGGGUACUUUGAUAUAUAUGUUGUAUUUCUAACCUGUCAAUUUGCUGGCAUUGAGGCUACCAGUUGUGCUGCACGCUUUGUGUAGCAUGACCAAAUAGUUAAAGUCCAUGUAAAUGUCAGGUGCCGGACGUGUUCCAGGUUCUUGUUGGGGGGCGCACAAGGCCUUGCUAUCCAAGUCGAGGGAGUCACUCACCACGAGGACCCUGCACUCGUAGUCGUUUACAACUACUGUCUCAAAGCAUGUGGGUUACUCUGGCUGUUACUUUUUCUUCCUCU